AUUGGGCGGCGUUGGCGCGCGAACGGGGGUGCGCGCGCGCCGGGGCGGCAGGCGGCGGGGGCAGGGAACAAUAGAGCCGCGGCCCGACGGCUCCGCGCGGCCCGCCCCCAGCGCCGCCGCCGCCGCCAUGGCGGACAAGGAAGCAGCCUUUGAUGAUGCGGUGGAAGAACGCGUGAUCAACGAAGAGUACAAAAUAUGGAAGAAGAAUACUCCCUUCUUGUACGACUUGGUCAUGACCCACGCUCUGGAAUGGCCCAGCUUGACUGCGCAGUGGCUGCCGGAUGUAACAAGACCUGAGGGCAAAGACUUCAGUAUUCAUCGGUUAGUGCUGGGCACCCAUACUUCAGAUGAACAAAAUCAUCUCGUGAUAGCUAGCGUGCAGCUGCCGAAUGACGAUGCGCAGUUUGAUGCUUCACACUAUGAUAGUGAGAAGGGAGAGUUUGGAGGCUUUGGGUCAGUUAGUGGAAAAAUUGAAAUUGAAAUCAAGAUAAAUCACGAGGGAGUGAACAGGGCGCGUUACAUGCCACAGAACCCCUGCAUCAUUGCCACAAAGACUCCAUCCAGCGAUGUCCUCGUCUUUGAUUACACCAAACACCCUUCUAAGCCAGACCCUUCUGGAGAGUGUAACCCUGAUCUGCGUCUUCGUGGACACCAGAAAGAAGGUUAUGGGCUGUCAUGGAACCCAAACCUGAGUGGGCAUUUGCUUAGUGCUUCUGAUGAUCAUACUAUUUGCUUGUGGGAUAUUAGUGCUGUUCCAAAAGAAGGUAAAGUGGUGGACGCGAAGACCAUCUUCACAGGGCACACGGCGGUAGUGGAAGAUGUAUCUUGGCACCUGCUCCACGAAUCUCUUUUUGGGUCUGUUGCUGAUGAUCAGAAGCUCAUGAUCUGGGAUACUCGGUCAAACAACACCUCCAAACCUAGUCACUCGGUGGAUGCUCAUACAGCUGAAGUCAACUGCCUCUCUUUCAAUCCCUACAGUGAGUUUAUCCUGGCUACAGGAUCAGCUGACAAGACUGUCGCAUUAUGGGACUUGAGGAACUUAAAACUGAAGUUGCACUCCUUUGAAUCACAUAAAGAUGAGAUAUUUCAGGUUCAGUGGUCUCCCCAUAAUGAAACUAUAUUGGCCUCCAGUGGCACUGACCGCAGGCUAAAUGUUUGGGACUUGAGUAAAAUUGGAGAAGAACAGUCCCCUGAGGAUGCUGAAGAUGGUCCCCCAGAGCUAUUGUUUAUUCAUGGUGGUCAUACUGCAAAGAUAUCUGAUUUCUCGUGGAAUCCCAAUGAACCCUGGGUAAUCUGUUCUGUAUCAGAAGAUAAUAUCAUGCAAGUCUGGCAAAUGGCAGAAAACAUAUACAAUGAUGAAGAUCCUGAAGGAAGCGUGGAUCCAGAAGGUCAAGGAUCCUAGAUGAUAACUCUUCCUGUUUUUAGUCUUUUUGCUUCUCUUCCUUCUCAACCCGAUACUGACUUAACACUGGUUUUGAGACACACGUAGACUUUGUUCAGCCAUCCUUCUGUAGAUACCACCAACUGCUUUUUAUCCCAGACAGUGAGUACUCCCUAAGAAAAGGGCUUAGCCCACUUAGCCCAACUCAGCUGGUUCCGCACUGUAGCUCCUUGGUCAUAUUUCCUACAGCAACCUCUUGUGUAUAGAGCUGGCUGUCCCGUUUUAGCUGCUUUCCUCAUACAGAGCAAACUUUUUUUUUCUCCUUAUUUUGUCUUUAGCUUGCUACGGCUACGGGCUUUUGCCUAAUUUAAACAAAAGUUAAAUCAGUAGAGCUGCCAGAAUAUGCUUAAGCCAAUGGAGAUGAUACAAGUGUUAAUCCACUGGCAGUUCAGAAAUGGAGUGUGGAAGGUCUUGCCCUGUUCAGUACAGCUCAGAAGUCUUGUGAUUCCUUUAGUUGAUCUGUACCUGCGUGGCUUUUUCUGCCUCUGCAGAUACAAAAAAAAAAAAAAAAAAAAAAGGGCAAAAAAAGACUAGCAGAUUCUGACUUGAACUGAAAUUAUUCUUUCUAUAUUUUUUUCUCUGCUGGUAAUUCUGGGUUUUUCAUUCCUUCCUUUGGUCCUAUCCCUUUUCUCCCGUCUGCUGGGCGACAGCAGUUUGGAUACAUUUAGCUGUUCCUGCAGAGCAUUGUUCACCUUCCAUGUAUCUUGCUCUAUUGUGUGUUUCUUGAGCUGUGUUUUCACAUAUAUUUCUUUCCUUUCUGUGAAAUGGUUUUAAAAACUUGGGGCCACCAAGUUGUAAAGGUGUAUGUUUUUACCAGCUGAUGUCCCACAGAAGGCAUGUCCCAUAAUCUAAAACAGCCUUGGUAGCUGGUACAUGUAAAGCAAAUUACAUGUGGAUGAACUACCUUUUUUAGGAGUUAGUCCUUGACCACUAGAUCCUGCACAUCUUCCACUAGGGUGUCCAGUUCCACCAGCAACCUGUUACUCUCCAUGUUCUCAUGACUAAUUGCGUGUAAGUGCUUCAGAUGGAAUAAAUUUUUUCUACAUAA